AACAUUCACAUUAAUAAGGAUUUAAUCUAUAUAUAGUUGGCAAUGUUGAGUGUACGGGCGUGAAAGGGUUAAGUUGAACGCGUGCGGGUGUGAACGGUGCACUUCGCUAGCUCGUCGGCUAACGGCAGCUCGUUCACCGUCACGGAAACGUUAAAUACGGAAAAUAAGAUCGCAAGCGGUAACAGAUUUGUGUGCCGCCCCCCUCCAACAGCCAGAUGAUUAUGAGUAUAAUUUCCCUGGUUCCGGCUCUGUUCCAAUCCAAACCGGUAUGUCGGAUGAGGAUUCCCGUGCCAGCACCAGCUCUUCUUCAUCGCCGCCUUCCUCCAGCCAAACCAGACAGAGGGACACGCUUUGCAAAAAGAAACGGGAGAGCAAAGCCAGCAUGAGCAAGACCUCCAAGCUGCUUACCACCAGCGCCAAAAGGAUUCAGAAAGAGCUGGCUGAUAUUACACUGGACCCUCCGCCAAACUGCAGUGCUGGCCCAAAAGGAGAUAACAUCUAUGAGUGGAGGUCGACCAUCCUGGGACCACCGGGCUCCGUCUACGAGGGAGGCGUCUUCUUCCUGGACAUCGCCUUCACACCCGACUACCCCUUCAAACCCCCCAAGGUAACAUUUCGAACGAGGAUCUAUCACUGCAACAUCAACAGCCAGGGGGUGAUCUGUCUGGACAUCCUGAAGGACAACUGGAGCCCCGCCCUCACCAUCUCCAAGGUGCUGCUGUCCAUCUGCUCCCUGCUCACAGACUGUAACCCAGCCGACCCCCUGGUGGGAAGCAUCGCCACCCAGUACACGACUAACAGAGCGGAACAUGACCGAACAGCCAAACAGUGGACGAAGCGUUACGCCACAUAAACCCACAGAGGACGGCAGCAGCGGGGGGAGGAGGAGGAGGAGGAGGCGGCGGGGUGGGGGGCUCCGGGCGGUUUGUGUUGGGGGGUUAUUUCUAUCUCAGAUUUUUAGUACUUUAUUGUCUGGUAUAUUUUUUGCUUCCUGAUUAAGUUAUCUCCACAAAUAUGGUAAUAAAGGAACACAAUGGAAAGGAA